AUGAAAAUGCGGAAACAGUCCCUCGGUUUUUCUAGCGUAAACGCAAUUAGACCACCAGACAGAACAUCAACGAAUAUAUCUGGAAGUAAUAAGCGACCUACUCUAAUGUAUCUGAAUACAUACCAACUUGAUCCAUACGUGCGAUUCCAUCCACCAGCAGUGACGAAAACAGCUAAUGAAGUUUUAAAUGAAUACUUUACCGACCAUAAAUAUAAUCCUCAGGAAUCACCUGUGCUAGCCAUGCGUAUAUCGGAAAUAUUACUGCAGGCGGUCAAAGCUAUGAAUUUUAAUCGUUACCGGAUUCUUUCUGUCGUCACAAUAGCGCAAAAGAGAGCACAGAGCUAUAACAAUGCCGUCACUUUCUUAUGGGACCACGAAAGAGAUAAUUAUGUAGAUUUAUUUAGAGAAGAAAACUCGGUUUUUAUACAAGUUACCAUCUUUGGAGUAUACCUAGAUUAA